AUGUCGGCCCCAAGAGAGACCAAGAAGAGAACUGCGAGAAGAAAGAAGGACCCUAACGCCCCCAAGAGAGCGUUGUCCGCGUACAUGUUCUUCGCGAACGAGAACAGAGACAUCGUGCGUGCCGAGAACCCAGGCAUUUCGUUCGGGCAGGUGGGCCGUAUUCUAGGUGAGAAAUGGAAGGGUUUGAACGAGGAAGAGAAACAGCCGUACGAGGCCAAGGCCGAGGCCGACAAGAAGCGUUACGAGUCCGAAAAGGAGCUGUACAACGCUACCAAGGCGUGA